AUGGACAGCCGCAAGGCCUCGUGGAUCCUGGAAUUCGUCCUCCGGCAGCCCGUCGAGGACUGGCUUGCGAAGGUGGUCCUCCUACACCUCCCGAUCCCGCUCGUUCUCGACCCAAGGCUCAAGAAGAUUCUCCUUCUCCGUCGCCUAUGGUCGGACCUCUCCGUCGGUAAACUCUCUUGUGAGACACUCCGGUCUCUGGAGCUCCUCGAGGAGCUCGAUCGCUCCCUCGACGCCGGGGAGACGUCCGAGGCCCUCAUGGCCGCGUACUCCGCCGCGGCCGCCGAGCUGACGGCGGCCCCGCUGAGAUCGGGGAGACAAGCCAACUUUUUCGAGUGCGUGAACAGAAUAUGGAACUGCCGGGUGGCGGACCUGGAGCAGUCGGAGGCGCGGGGGAUGAUGGGGGAGGGGCUGAGGCAGUGGAGGAAGAGGAUGGAGGAGGCCGUGGUGAGCGACGAUGCCAAGGAUUGGGUGCUGCAGAGGGACACCAGUGGGGAGGCCAUGGCAGCGCUGAGGGAGUACCUAAGGGUUGCUCUGGAGGAAAUGGGACCUCCCCAACUGGAGCUCGCAGCGAGGCUCUUGGACGACAAGCCUGGCACCAGCGGCCGUGAAAAGACCGAUCAAAGGAGCGGAGCGAUGGAAGCCGCCAGGGCGCCUGGUCUUUCUACAGGACCGAAUGUCGCCAUUGCGGCUACCACGAUGAAAUCGUCCCAAAUGAACUGGCGCUCACCGGUCACUGGUUCAGCGGAAAUCCCCCGUCGCCCUGAAACAGGUCAAUUCGAUCUCGUUGAUCUCCCUCUCUUCUUGCGGAAAUCCUAAAUUGCCUCGUUGAUACUCCUCGAUUCCCUAGACGACCAUUGUGCUUCUGAUUACGGUACAUCUGCACGCUGAACACCUCGUAUUUUCAUGUUGAUUGAUUAUCAGAGAGAGAUAAGGAGGUGUUGCUGGCCGGAAAGACGGACAGACAGAACCAAGAUGCCGCCUCUGAUGGGUUACUUCCCUCCGCCAUGCCGGAAAUCAACAAGCUGAAGGAAGCAUUGAAGUCGAGCUGCGCUGAUCUGCGGAAAGCGGUCCAAGAUCCCUUCCCAGAAGCGCUUCGAAAGGCUGCAGAGGUGCAGAAUGCUAUGCUGGAGAACUCACCUGAUCCAGUAGAUGAAAAGAAAAGCUCCAGCCGGACAGAUGAGGAGAAGGAUGCAGACGACUGCCUUCCAGAUGCUGCUGUAUGCGCUACAAUGCAGAGGUCAUCUCAUCCUGGUGCGGCAAAGAAUGGUCAGAAUCAGAUUCCUGCAACUGCGAUAGAAAGGACUGGAGCUACGGCAAUGGGAAGAAGGGCGACGGAAGGUCAUGACGGAGUAGCUUCGCGUCCCCAGAAGCCAUGCCCGAGUCUCAUGGACCGUAAUCUGACUGAGGUGAUGAUCUCAGUGAAACAAGUAUGCUGAAUUAUAUGAAUUUCACCCCAUGAAAUGACCCCAGAGAGGGCUGACUUCAACUCCCAGUGACGGAUCAAAGUCAUCCGACCCAUUGAGCCGGUCAAUGAUGUUCUUUUCUCUUCCUCUGCACAGUGGGAUGAAGACUCGAUCGAGUCCCUUUCGGACAUAUCCCCUCCGAAUUCCGCAAAAAGACGGCAGCUCCCGCCACCGAGGAACCGGAGAGUCUCCCCUCUGAAGCUGCAAGAGAUGAGGAAAUUCGUCAGGAGGAGAAAGAUCAAGAGGUGGACGCCACAGGAAGAGGACACCCUGAGAGAAGCAGUGAAGAAGUACGCCCCAAUCCCAUCUCCUUGUCUGCCUCUAAGCGAGCUCUUCACCCUUCUUCGUGUAUCCUCUCCUCUGUGCGUUGAUUCUUUUUCUCUGAACUCUCCUCUGCAUGAAUAGGCAUGGCACAGGGAACUGGAAGCUGAUUCUACUGUGCUAUCCCGGAGAUUUGGAGGGCAGGACUGAGGUGAGUGAAGAUGGAGAGAUCCCCUGCACCGUGUAGAGUACUUUUCCCCAGCUCCCCUCCCCAGUUUUGACACUGUUGUGUUCUGAUCAUCGUCAACCCACAGAUCGACUUGAAGGACAAGUGGAGAAACCUGACCAGGUGA